ACCAGCAACUCCACGGAGUCGAUGGGGUCACUCCUGUGGCGCGCGGACACGGCCUCUGUCGGCAGCGCCAGCAGCAGCGGCGUCAGCAGCGCCGCCGCCGCCCGCCCGCCGCCGCACCCCGGGCCCGUCGACAACAAGCGGCUGCUCGCGCCCAACACGUUGAAGGUCCGGACUCUGACGGGCGAGGGCGGUCACUUGCGACGCGACGUGACGCUGGCGCAGCACCGCGACUUCGAGCUCGUGCCCGACGCGCUGUGGCGCGCGCUCGCGCUGUGGUACGGCGGGCCCGACCCGCUGCCGAGACAGGUCAUAAGGCCACCAAAUUCAGACGUUGAACUUGAGCUAUAUCCUCUACAACUGAAAAUUUUAAGGCACGUGCCGAAUACGCAAAGAGCGUUGAGCGUGGUGGGCACGGGUGGCGUGGCGGGCGGCGCCUACGCCGGCGUGGCGCCCGCCGCGCCCGAGCGGACCCUCGCCUACACCGCCGCCUUCUCCCGCCUGGCCACCGUCAAGCAGGUGAGCGAGUUCCUGUGCGCAGCGCUGGGGCUCGCUCGGGAAGACGUCCGCCUGUGGGCGCUCGGAGCCAAUGCUGUGCUGCUGGACGACGAGCGGCCCGCGCUGCACGAGCUGCGCCUGGACGCGCGCCGCCUGCUGCUCGAGCUGCGCAACCCCGACCUCACCUGGCCCGAGGAGAUUACGGCGCUCACUGGGUCCCGCGCGACCGAGCGGCGCGAGACGCUGAUCGCGCCCAACUUGCCGGGCGCCACUGGUCUUCACAACCUCGGCAAUACUUGCUUCAUGAACGCAGCGCUACAGUCGGUAUGGAACACGGGACCACUCACACAGUACUUCAACUCGGGCAUGCAUAUGUAUGAGUUGAACACCGCCAAUCCUUUGGGGACUAAAGGAGCCCUCGCGUUGCGGUUUGGAGAGCUCUGCAAGGAGGUGUGGUCGUGUAGCGCGCGCUCGGUGGCGCCGCUGCGCGUGCGCUGGGUGGUGUCGCGGCACGCGCGCGCGCUGGCGGGCGGCGGCCAGCACGACGCGCAGGAGCUGCUGGCCUGGCUGCUGGACGCGCUGCACGAGGACCUCAACCGCGCCGCGCCCCCGCCCGCCUCACCCGCCCCCGCCGACUCCGACGGCCGCCCCGACCAGGUCAGUGACGUCACGCGCGGGCUGCUGGCCUGGCUGCUGGACGCGCUGCACGAGGACCUCAACCGCGCCGCGCCCCCGCCCGCCUCACCCGCCCCCGCCGACUCCGACGGCCGCCCCGACCAGGUCAGUGACGUCACGCGCGGGCUGCUGGCCUGGCUGCUGGACGCGCUGCACGAGGACCUCAACCGCGCCGCGCCCCCGCCCGCCUCACCCGCCCCCGCCGACUCCGACGGCCGCCCCGACCAGGUGGUGGCAGCGGAAUCAUGGGCGGCGUACACGGCUCGCAACCAGUCGAUCCUGACGGAGCUGUUCUGUGGCCAACUCAAGUCCCGUGUCCGAUGCGUCACGUGUUCCCGUGACUCCGUGCGCUUCGACUCCUUCAACAUGCUCAGCCUGCCGCUGCCCAUGGAGUCCAUCGUCCGCGCCGAGGUGCGAGUGAUCCUGCUGGACGGCUCGGUGCCGGUGAAGUACGGCGUGCGCGUGCACUCGGAAGGCACGUACCUGGACCUCAAGCAGAAGUUGGCGAAGCUGUGCGGGCUGGAGCCUGACUCGAUGCUGCUGGUGGAGCUGAGCGGCGCGACCAUCGGGCGCGUGCUGGAGGACGGCCACAAGGUGUGCCCCGCGCGGGCCAUGCAGCUGUACGCCUACGAGCUGCCGCCGCCGCUCGCCACGCCGCACCACGCGCCCUGCGUGCCCGGCUGGAGCGGCGCGGAGGCGGCGUGGGCGGAGGUGAGUGCGCCGCGCGGCCCCGCUUCCUCACUCUGCAUGCCCGCACUCUUCUGCUUCAAGAGAUCGCGCUCCGAGAUCCUCAUGUCGCAGAGUCCCCCUUCAGCCUUCUACAGCAGGCCCGACGCGGCCGACGGGCCCGAUGCGACCGACGGGCCUGACGGGCCCGAUGCGACGGAGGAGGCCCGUGGAGACCCGCGAAGUCGGACGCUACCUAGGGAGCUUCGAAGAGAAUUGGACAACGGCUCGCCCACGCUCAGCGUGCGGUCAUUGACGCUCAAGCCGGGCAGCCCAGCGCUGGGCAAGGCGCGCUUCGGCUCGUCGCCCUCCAACAUGUGUGGGAUGGACGCGCCGACCGGACACGUGCAGGUCGGACGCUUACAGUACCUGGUCGCCGUGCACAGGAAGCAGUGCCGCAUGGACGCGUACUUCCUGUCGUCGCAGCGCUGCAAGCCGGCGCUGUUCGGCGUGCCCCUCCUCGUCGGGCUGCGCGAGGGCAUGAGCGGCCGCGACAUCUACGCCGCCGUCUGGACGCAGGUCUCGAGGCUACUCAGCGCGAGGCCACCUACGCACGAAACGUCAAAUCAUGCCACUGAUUGCGACGACAGCCUGGGCUACGAGUUCCCGUUCACGCUGCGGCUGGUGAGCGGGCCGCUGGGCGCGUGGUGCGGCGCCUGCGCCUGGCCCGCGCUGUGCCGCGGCUGCGCGCUGCCCACGCACGCCGCGCCGCUCGUGCUGUGCUGCCGCGAGUGCAGUCGCGGACGGCGGCCGAGCGCGGAGGCAGCGCAGAGUUCGCCCGCCGCCGCCGCCAAGCUUCAGCGACACGCCAGCGCUCGCUUUGCACACCAGGAUGAGUCAAACGACAUCGCGGAGAACGGCGUGAUCCAGCGGCUGGAAGUGAGUGGCGCGCGCCGCCGCUUAUUGUUGGCCAUCGACUGGGACCCCACCGCGCUGCAUCUUCGCUACCAGAGCACCAGGGAGAAGGCGUGGAUCGAGCACCCGUCGGUGAGCGAGUGCGGCGCGGCGGCGGCGGCCGUGGACCUGGCCUCGUGCCUGCGCGCCUUCACCAGCGACGAGCGCCUGGAGCAGCCCUACCACUGCCUCGCCUGCCGCUCGCACCAGCCCGCCAGCAAGGCGCUGCAGCUGUGGCGCGCGCCGCCCGUGCUCAUAAUCCACCUAAAGCGGUUCCAAUACGUCAACAACAAAUGGAUCAAGUCCCAAAAGGUGGUCAACUUCCCGUUCGAAGACUUCGACCCGACUGAGUUCCUUGCGUCCGUGCCCAAGGAAACCAUCCUCAGGCAUAGAGAACUGACUGAGAGGAGAGCGUCGCUGUUUAUGGAUGUGGGGGAUGCGAUCACGGAGAGCGAGGACAGUGAGGAUGAGGAUGACAAAGGGGAGGAGGCGAAGGAUGACAGCCAGCCGCCGAAGCAGAAGAGCAAGGCGCAGAUGGCAGCCAAGCGGCGCGCGUCACUAGAGCGCGGUCGGCGAGCCCGCCUGCAGUCGGCCAGUUUAGCGGUAGCGCCCGUGGCCGACGACGACCUGCAGGACUUCCACGCGCACCGCCUGCAGCCCGGCACCGACCCCUUCCGCCUGCGCUACAACCUCUACGCCGUGGUGGUGAGUGACGUCACACCAGGCUCCACGCGCGCCGCCUGCAGCCCGGCACCGACCCCUUCCGCCUGCGCUACAACCUCUACGCCGUGGUGGCCUGCUGUGGCGGACUACGCGCCGCCGCUGAACGAUGAGUCAAACGACAUCGCGGAGAACGGCGUGAUCCAGCGGCUGGAAGUGAGUGGCGCGCGCCGCCGCUUAUUGUUGGCCAUCGACUGGGACCCCACCGCGCUGCAUCUUCGCUACCAGAGCACGAGAGAGAAGGCGUGGAUCGAGCACCCGUCGGUGAGCGAGUGCGGCGCGGCGGCGGCGGCCGUGGACCUGGCCUCGUGCCUGCGAGCCUUCACCAGCGACGAGCGCCUGGAGCAGCCCUACCACUGCCUCGCCUGCCGCUCGCACCAGCCCGCCAGCAAGGCGCUGCAGCUGUGGCGCGCGCCGCCCGUGCUCAUAAUCCACCUAAAGCGGUUCCAGUACGUCAACAACAAGUGGAUCAAAUCACAAAAGGUGGUGAACUUCCCGUUCGAAGACUUCGACCCGACUGAGUUCCUUGCGUCCGUGCCCAAGGAAACCAUCCUCAGGCAUAGAGAGCUGACUGAGAGGAGAGCGUCGUUGUUUAUGGAUGUGGGGGAUGCGAUCACGGAGAGCGAGGACAGUGAGGAUGAGGAUGACAAAGGGGAGGAGGCGAAGGAUGACAGCCAGCCGCCGAAGCAGAAGAGCAAGGCGCAGAUGGCAGCCAAGCGACGUGCCUCACUUGAGCGUGGUCGGCGGGCUCGCCUGCAGUCGGCCAGUUUAGCGGUAGCGCCCGUGGCCGACGACGACCUGCAGGACUUCCACGCGCACCGCCUGCAGCCCGGCACCGACCCCUUCCGCCUGCGCUACAACCUCUACGCCGUGGUGUCUCACUCGGGCCAACUAAGCGGCGGGCACUACGUAGCAUACGCACGCAACCCGUCCGGCGCCUGGCUGUGCUACAACGACAGCUCCUGCCGCGAGGUGGACCCGCGCCGCGCCAUCGACCCCGCCGCCGCCUACCUGCUGUUCUACGAGCGCCAGGGGCUCAGAUACGACAAGUACCUACCAGAGGUGGUGGGCCCGCCGCCCGCGCGCGCGCCGCCCGACGCAGACGAUCCCGAUAUGCCGCGAGCCUGCGCGCUUAUGUGAGCCCACACGCGACACGACACGACACUCCACAGCACGACGACUGCUCGGCGCCUUGUUGAGGACCACGUGAGCCACGACACUGCUCGUCGUAUUGGACGCCUUUUGAACAUGUGAGCCACGACAUUACGCGCCGCACUGCACGUCGUCGUGUUCGACGUAUUGUUGAAGAACACGUGAGCCACGACACUGCACCGCACGACGACUGGUAGAAGCCUUGUUGAGGACCAUGUGAGCCACAACACUACACCGCACGACGACUGGUCCAGGCCUUGUUGAAGACCAUGUGAGCCACGACACUGCACCGCGCGACGACUGUUGGAAGCCUUGUUGAGGAGCAUGUGAGUCACGACACUACACCGCACUGCUCGUCGUGUUGGACGCUUUGUUAAGGAACACGUGAGCCACGACACUGCACCGCACGACUGCGGGGUUACUCCGAGUAACGUUAUCCGAUGUUUCGAAUGUUGCCAUCCCUCUCAUACAAAGCGAAAUGCCAGCAUGAGCGACUGUGACAGAUAGACCCGAAACUACGUAAAUAGUGUUUCGGAGUAGCUCUACUGAUCGAGGCCUUGUUGAGGCCAAGUGAGCCACGGCACUACACCGCACUGCUCGUGACGUCGUUUUGGACGCCUUGUACCGCGCGCCACUGCACCGCGCGCCGACUGCUGGAAGCUCUUAUUGAAGACCAUGUGAGCCACAGCACUGCACGUCGUGUUGGGAGCAUAAAGUUGAUACAUCCAGCGGAAUACAGCAACAAAGGACUGAGCGAGCGAGAUGCCACUAGCAGCAACACUGUGUGAUAAAAAAAGACGUGAUGCGACGUAACAGAACCGUUUGUUGCAACUAUUUGACAGUUCAUUAGCACUCAUUGGCAAACUAAAAAUUUGAGUUCUAAGAUUUUUUCAGGUUAUACGUGAAAUCGUGGAUGUUUAUCAGAUAUACUUAGAUCUUCAGAAACGUGGUGACUGGUUCAAUGAUUGAAACUAAAAUAAUCCUGAAAACUGACUCAAAAAUGACAUCCAGUGACAUCCUAAAAUCGAUUUCAUUUGACAGCUCGUGGUUGUUGCUCUAUUCCGAAGGAAUAUCAUCUUUACCGUUGGAGGAUUUGUAAGCGCGAACAUCAUUUCCACAAUAGCCAGGCAACGUAGUCAUGUAAUACGGUAACGUAAUGCAGUUCUCGAUACAUUGGGGGACUAAUAGAGUGACAUUUUGCUCAACUGCAUGCAUAUGGGAGAAAUAUGUCGGGUGCUCAAAAACUGGAUAUGUGUGAGAAAUUAAUGUCGGAUGCUUCAACAUUCUUAGGACCAGAACCACGAGGAAUGAAUGCUUGUAAUGUUAUCAUAGAUAGCUUGCUGUAUUACGCAAGGUUGCUGCUAUACUGACAAAAAUGUUGCUCAAUCACGAGGACUGUCUUUUUAAGGAAUAGAGGCGUGGACGUAUCCAAAUUGUCAAGUGUGAUAUGAGAAUAUUAUUUGGUAACAGAUUACGGUGAAAAUAUUUAAAGGACUAAAUUAUUAAAUACACACAACUCUCAAAUAAGAGAUACAAAUAUUUAGACAUGUUGGCCUAUUGAAUGUGAUAAUUCUAUACAUAAACCAGAUACAUAUAUCUAGUUUAACCGCAUAACCCAGACCAAUAACAAUAUCAUUCAUUCAAUCGUGACAAAAACGCAAUAUUGCAUUACCCAAACCUUUUAUCUAAACUCCUAUAUAGUCAUUUAUAUGAAAUAGUUGUUCAAUCUAUACCUUCACAGUACCUCACUUUUUCUACUUGCUACGACUAAAAUUGCAUUCCAUCUUAUGAGAAUAGUGGGAGAUUCAAAUAUAUUAAUGUAUUUGUAAGCAAAAUAAUGUUGGUGUGAUAUAGGAAGUGUUAAUUUUUGUCGUUAUUAUUUGUUAAUAAUUUGGCGCGUGUUAUCUAUGAAAUUGAUUUGUUUCUUAAAUUUUAUCUACUUACCUUGUACUUGAAAUUGUUUGUUAUGAUGAUGCUAUCACUGUAAACAACUAUGAGUCGAGCUAAGUCAGAAGUGUUUACAUACGAUGAAGUGCUAGCAUGAAAUUGUGUCGUGGCACUUCAGAUUGCAUCAUUAUUCACUUUGUUGUUGUUAAGCUUAGUUUUUCACUUCUCGUACAAUACCUAAGUGAAAUAAAAAAUAUCGCUAUCGGAUAUUUACCAGCAGCUAAUCGGAAAUAAUUUUCUUAAAAACUAUUCUUACUUAAUCAUGUACGAAUUAUUCUUAUGUCGUUAUUUAAAUAUUGUUUGCGCGAUAGAACAAACGCGAGGGGUCGCUAGCUGUUAUUGUUUAAUAAAUUGUAAUCGAGACUGAUGUGAUUGUAAUAUAAUACUAUAACAGUAAUUACUCAUUGAUCUAUUUUAUAUUCAAUCGAUAGAUUAUGAUGACGAUGCCCAGAAUAUUUUGUAUCGAUGUAAAAAUACAAUAUGUAUUAGGUACAGAAAUAUUUUCUACAAUAUCAAAGGAAUAAUAAUACAAAAUCUUUUUACUGUACAUAAAACGCUACAAAUUAUUCUUCGCAUCUGUAAUAAUAUAUUCUAGCGUGUCUAAAGACACGUAUUAGUUUUUAAUUUAGUAAAAUUAAAUUGCAUUAAGUUUAUAAUAAACCAUUAUUGUAAUAAUUUAAUUAUUUUAUAAUUGAUCGAUGCUUGAUGUCUGCAUGAGCUUGCUAGUGUAUGGAAUGGGCUCAAUAUUUGUUAUUUUUAUUCUUAUGAUCAUUACAAGGCUUAGGGCACAAUGUCGUAAACUUGUAACCGUAGUGAGAUAAUUCAUAGUAUUAGUCUCUAUAUAAAUUAAUAUAUUUUUGUUAGAAUGGAUAUGUACUCUGAUAUUACUGGUCUGCCGAGCGCGUCCGUGAAAUGUUUGUAAUUUUACAAAGAUCAACUCUCAUGAUGAUGUACAGACAACAUCAAAUACUUUCUGACACCCAAAUUAACCAAAAAGUUCGCAACUGUAACACGUCUUUAUUACAACUGGAAUAAAGUUGGGGCGACCACGUUUGCGUUUUCCUUGGGGGUUCCAAUCCAGAGCCUGCUUGGGGAUGUGAUCGGGAUCCCUUCGGAGUGUUUUGGCCACUUUAGGUGUCACGAAUUAUUUGAUGAUGACUGUACCACGUACAGGCGCGCUCGGCAGUGUGAUGGUGCGACACAGGGAAUGGCUCGUAACGCAAACGUCGUU